CCAAGCCAGGCGGCGGAGGGAGGCGGCCGGAGCAAGAUGGCGGCGCGAGUGCUGCUGCGGCGGAGCCUGGCGGGAGCCGGCGCCGGGCCGCGCCUCCCGCCCGGCGGCGGCCUGGCGCUCAGGGGGCUGGUAUCAUCAGCUAACAGACCUCGUGAAGACAGUUGGUUAAAAUCGCUGUUUGUUCGCAAAGUUGAUCCAAGGAAAGAUGCUCACUCCAACCUUCUAGCCAAAAAGGAGACCAGCAGUCUAUAUAAACUACAGAUUCACAAUGUAAAACCAGAAUGUCUAGAUGCCUACAACAAGCUUUGUCAAGAGGUGCUGCCAAAGAUUCAUGAAGAAAAACACUACCCAUGUGCACUGGUGGGGACUUGGAACACGUGGUACGGAGAGCAAGAUCAGGCUGUUCAUCUGUGGAGGUAUGAGGGAGGCUAUCCAGCUCUCAAUGAGGUCAUGAGUAAACUCCGGCAAAAUAAGGAAUUCACAGAGUUUCGCAAAGAAAGAGGUAACAUGCUUCUCUCUCGGAGGAAUCAAUUAUUGUUGGAGUUUAGUUUCUGGAAUGAACCUGUUCCCAGGGAGGGGCCCAACAUUUAUGAACUAAGAUCCUAUCAACUUAGACCUGGAACAAUGAUUGAGUGGGGAAAUUACUGGGCUCGUGCAAUUCGUUUUCGGCAGGAUAAUAAUGAAGCAGUUGGAGGAUUUUUCUCACAGAUUGGACAGCUGUAUAUGGUUCAUCACCUUUGGGCUUACAAAGAUCUCCAAACCAGAGAAGACAUAAGGAACGCUGCCUGGCAUAAACCUGGCUGGGAUGAACUAGUCUAUUACACAGUGCCCCUAAUUCAGGAAAUGGAGUCCAGAAUCAUGAUACCAUUGAAGAUUUCUCCACUUCAGUAACAUCAUUGAUUUACUUGUGCCUGCAUAGAUUAAAGUGACAAGUAUUUGUCUUAAAUUAAUUUAUGGUAUACAUUGUAUAUCAUAGUCAGAAAUAUAAAAGUACUGUACUGAGCUUAUAAAAGAGACCUCUUUUCUUCAGAAUCUAAUGACCUUGUACUCUUAGAAAAGAAAUGUAGGACUGCAAUUUAAAGGUUGUUUAACUAUAAACACAUUCAAAGACAUACGCAAGUUCCUUUGUGAGACAGGCUUCUCAGGUUAAAUAUACAGUACUUAGUGUCUUGUGAUUGUAAAUGCCCACUGUUCAAUAACAGCGAAGGAAGGAAACAUAACAGUUGCUAUGGCCUUCAUGCAACAUUACAUUGACUGCAGAUUAAACAAGCAGAAAGGGGAGUUCUGAAAAUAGGAGCUCUAAUGCCCCAGGCAGCUACGAUGUCUCUGUAAUUCUGAAAUAACACCUAGCUGUUUUAGUGGGACUGAAAUUGGUAAGUAGCUCUGAACUUAAAAGUAGGCAGUUAUUAAUUGAGGAUAAUACUGCCGGUCAGGGGAUAGUUUAUGGACAGAGAAUAGUGCAUUCCGUUUUGCAAGGACUCUGAAGCCUGGACAUUUGUCUAGAUAUCUACAUCUGGAAUUAAUUUUGUGAAAUUAUUUACAGACUUUUUGGAAGUAUGACUCAUGGUGUUCAAAGUGAUUGACAACAAAUUGUCUGAACAUUCUACAGGCAUUUGAGUUCAGUUAAACACAUGUAUCACUAAAAAGAGCAUAGAAGUCUAGGAAAAGGGGUUUUAUUUAAUAAGCAAUCAUGCCUUCAGACAUAUGCUUGGUCAGGUGUUUCACUAACUAUACAGUAAGUACUUAUGAAUUGAUGUGUGAAACCGGCGCAUGUUGAGUCAAUAGGAUUGGCAUAAAGCAGUGUACCAUUAUGUCCAGUUCUGUUUUGAUUUCACUUUUAGACUAGAAUAUAUCAACACUGUUAAUGUCUACAAUGAUGUGAACAUCUUGUAAGUGAAAGUAAUAUUCUUCAAAGUGGCUGCAAGAGUCAGUGUAACAUACAGAAUGUACAAAUCAAUUACUGAAUGUCCAGUUUGUACAUUUCGAUGAGUUUUCAGAAAUAACGUAUCAGUUAAUAAAAUCCUUUUAAUUUUCACAUA